UAAGUACCUUGGUGUAACGUUGGACAAAAGAUUAACCUAGUGGCCACACCUCUCAUCUAAACUUCAACAAGCCUAUCAACGUUUAGGGAUGCUCUUCCCUAUCUUAAACAGAAAGUCUUCCCUACAAAAAAAACCUUUCCCUACUUGUUUAUAAGCAAGUACUACAUUAAUCACUUACGCCUGCCCUAUUUGGGGUAAUUGUGCACAAACUCAUCUAAAAAAACUGCAGAUAUUUCAAAACAAAGUUUUAAGAACGAUAACAAACGCUCCAUGGUUCGUAAGAAACUCAAACAUACACAAAGACCUCAAAAUUUCAACUAUUCAAGACAACAUCAAGCUCACGGCCGUGAGCUUCUUCGAAUCCAUCCAUAGGUCAACAGGCUCAAUGCAGUAUGCACUACCACAUCAACAUCAGACCACCUCCACAGCGCCGUCUCAAACGAGGUCACCCGCAUGACCUAAUUCCUCAAGACACUAUCUAACUUAAUUCUCUAACUACUGUUAUCAUCUAACGUAAAAUUGCAACUUAUUUAUUUAUCGCACUUAAUACGCCAAAAUGUAUUUUAUCUUUCAUCUCUAGGUAUAGAUAGCGUAAGCUAGGAGUACCUUAUUGUAAUAAUAAUAAAAAAAAAAAAAAAAAGUAUUAAAUAUAGUAAAUAUUAUAGUAAUAACUAUCGAGUACCUACUUAAUAAGUAGGUAGGAAUUAUGAAUCGGGAAUUAUGAUACGGUUUUUACCUUUUAAGAUUCCGGGCAAAUACGUUCCGGGCAUAAACGCACCGGAAGAAUGCGGUUUAUAUUUUUUGGAUUCAGUCGAAAUACGGUUCGGAUAAAUACGUUCCGGAAUUAUACGGUCCAGACAUAUACUUUCCGAAACUAUACGUUCCGUUAAAAUACGGUUUAAAUUUCUGGAUUCCUUCGAUAUACGGUCCGGAUAAAUAUGUUCCGGAAUUAUAUGGUCCGGACAUAUACUUUCUGGAUUAUUAUAGCCCCCCUUUUGAAGAAGCAAAAAUUCGCCUCUCAGACAUUCAGAAACGAAUUAUUCUAGUGCGUGACACUGGAGAGGCGCUAAACAAAAUAACGGUCACUAGGUUGAACAAAUCCAAGUUUCGAAUGAUGUAUGCCACUGUUUCGCGGAUUAAGGAUGAAUUCGAGGAACAGCUUUCGAUUGUAAUAAAACAACUCGGAAAAUCAGAAAAAGACCAAAAGUCAGAAUUGGAAACCAAUUCACCAGAGGAUAAUCGUGAUAAGUUUGACAAAGUAUAUUUUGAAGUGAUGAUUGCGGCAGAUGAGCAUAUACCUAGAACAGGAAAAAGUAAAUAAAAAACCAUAUGGUAAAACUGUCACGUUGCAUGCUGGUAAACCAAAUCAACGUGAGAAUAAAAAGCAAUUUACCUGUCAGGUCUACAAUGCAACACCCGGUCACCUGUUGAUUACUUGCACGGUGUUCAAGAGAAAACACCAAAGGAACGGUACCAAAUAAUAAGAGACCUUAGACGUUGCUUCUUGUGUUUUAGUAAGCACGCAGUGAGUCAGUGUAAACAUACCCGAUUGUGUUUGAAAUGCAAGGGGCGUAAUCAUUCCCUAUUACAUUUUGAAAAUACCUCCGAAGCUCAACCAACGAUCAUAGUGAAUACCACCAAACCUCAACCCAAUACCGCCAUGAAUAGUAUGUUUUCAUCCGACAAGAGGGUCCACUACUGUGUACUCAAAUCUACAAUGGCUGUAUUAAUACAGGAUAGUAGUGGACAACUCUAUCGCGAGCUCUCUUAGAUAGUGGCAGUCAAAGCAGUUUUCUCACGGAACAUUGUCGUUACCGGUUAGGAGCAACACGGGAUAAAUGCAGUGUAGGUGUGUAAGCUAUGGCUGGCCUACAAGUACGGUCGAUAAAAACACGUACUCAAAAUUAUCAUCAGACCAGUAAGCCGUAACACGUCUCUCUUCACAGCUGAAACUUUCAUACUACCUCGAAUCACCGGACUCAUCCCGUCUGAACGUGUCGUGAAGACUGAGUGGGAUACAUGUGCAGGAUCUGGACCUAGCCGAUCCCCAAUAUGACGAACCACUACCAAUAGAUAUUCUCCUUGAAGAGAAUGUUUUUCCUUACAUCAUAAGUGGAGAUCGACGAGAAAGUACCGCCAGUCAACCUGUGACACUUAAAACCGUGUUUGGAUGGGUACUCCUGGGACGUUUAUCCCCAAAUCCGUCAAAUAGUACGACUUCACUUUUCGCAUCUAUAGACCCCAUUGAUCAAAUACUGUCCAAGUUUUCUCGACAGGCGGAUAGUCAGUAUAUAGUACAUCUACAAUGUCUCCUAUUGGAGAAUCAUACUAUCUAGCCCAAAAACGUCUCAUACAUCUGGAAUCUAGGCACUCAAAAUCCACGGAAUACAGACAGUAUUAUAACGGGACUAUGCAAGAUUAUUUAGAUUUAAGCCACAUGAGUUAUGUAGACACCACUAAGGUAAUUGAUAAUACAUCAUUUUACAUACCACACCACAGUGUAGUGAAACCAGAAAGUAUGACUACCAAGCUCCAUGUUGUUUACGAUGCGUCAGCCCGAUCUUCAAAUGGGAAAUCGCUAAAUGAUUACUUAUUUAUGAGGCCCAAACUCCAACAGGAUCCACCAGGAAUCAUUUUACGGUUUCGUUGGCACGCAAUGUGUUUAGGCCGAUAUCAAGCAGAAGUUCCGGCAGAUUGUUGUCACUCCGAAACAUAGACCAUACCAACGCCUUCUUUUCCGAUUCCAGCCCUAAGGACCGGUGCGAAAUGUUCACUGUUACAUUUGGCCAACGAUCAUCUCCCUUUCUUGCAAUUAGAACAUUACAUCAAUCAGCUGAGGAUGAGGCAAAAGCCUAAAGUCCAAAAGGUCAUACAUCAAGACCUCUGC